CUCCAGCGAAACGCUCCACAAGUGAUUAAGCUCGAAAUUUAACAGGGCAUAAAGUACAAUCACAUCGACUUCAAUAACUCCAGAUACAUCUCUCCGACCUGUUUUCGCCCCUCAUUAUCCCCUUGUAUCCACUCCUCAGGCGGAAACAGGUCAAACAUGCCCACUUUCAUUAACAACGGGAUCGCCGCUCUAAGAGCUGUCCUGAGCGUGUCCAUUUUGACUUUGUCCCCAGCUGCAUGUGCUUCGUUAUACGCCCGGAUAUUGACCAGCAUUGCUCCUACUGUGCCUGUCUGCACUUUGCUGCCAUCCGGUAGAGUCACUUCUGGCAUCGCAGUACCAAGCGUUGACGAGUUCAAAGCGACAAGGCUAGCAGCUGAUGAGUUGGACAUGAUGGUUUGAAUUAGGUAGCAUUUGAGGGUUCUGGAAGUAGUCAAUGGUUAUCUGAGGAUAUGAGGUUUGGUGGGGAUGGU